AAGUACAUACAAAUAGUUUAUGCUAAAUUGGCUAGCAGUGCUAGGUCCUAAACUAGGCUUAUUUUUUCAAACAAUUGCACUAAUAUAGUACAUAUAUUUUAACUAAGCUAGGCUAGCAAUGCUAGUAGGUGGGCUUUUUUCUUCAAACUUUAUUUCAAUAACAAUAUAUUACGGAUAUUUUAACAAAAAAAUAAAGAUGUCUUACACAUUUUCAAAAUAAGUACAUACAGAUUAUUUUGGCUAAACUAGGUUUGCAGUGUUAAGAUAGGCUACAAGUGCCAAAAGAUAGCUUUUUUUUAUCGAACUUUAUUUCAACAAUAUAGUAAAGAUGUUUUAAAAAUCAGAAAAUAAAAGUCUGGUCCACAUUUUUGAAAUAUGUGCAUACAGAUUGGUAAUGCUAAAUUGGUUAGCACUGCUAAACUAGUGCUGCUAAACCACGUUUUUUUUAAACUAUUUCAACAAUAAAGUACAUAUAUUUUAACAAUCAGAAAAUAAUGACAUUUUUAUUAAACAAUUUAAAAAAAAGGUAUGUUUAGAUUAUUUUUACUGAACAAGGUUAGCAGUGUUAACAUAGGCUAGUGGUGUUAAAUUAGUCUAGCAGUGCUAAUAUUUAGGCAUAUUAUUUGAAACUUUAUUUCAAUAAUAUAGUGCAGAUAUUUUAACAAUAAGAAAAUUUAAUUUAAAUGUCUAUUAUACAUUUUCAAUAUACUGUAAGAACACACAGCUUGUUUAUGUUAAAGUAGGCUAGCAGUGCUAAAUUAGGCUUUUUUUAUUUUUCAAACUUUAUCUCAAUAUUAUUAUACAGACUUUUUAAAAAUCAAACAAAAAAAAAAGUCUUCUAUACAUUUUCAAUAUAAGUCCACACAAAUUAUUUUUGCUAGGCUAGAAGUGUUAAACCAAAAUAGUAGUGUUAAACUAGGCUAGCAAUGCUAAUAGCUUGGCUUUUCAUUUCAAAAUGUAUCUCAGUAUUGUAGUUCAUACAUUUUAACAAUCAGAAAAUAAAACUAAAACAUCUAUCAUAGUUUUCCAAAAUAAAUACGCACAUACUAUUGUUGCUGGAAUAGGCUUGUAAUGUUAAAGUAGACUAGCAAUGCUAAAAGAUAGGCUUUUAAAAAAAAACUUUAUCUCAAUAUUAUAGUUUGUACAUUUUAACAAUCAGACAAUAAAAAUAAAACGAUUACACAUUUCUAAAAUAAGUGCGCAGAGACUAUUGUUGCUCGACUAGGCUAGCAGUGUUAAACUAGGCUAACAAUGCUCAUUUUUGACUUUUUUUUUUUCUAACUUUAUUCCAAUAACAAUAUUUUACAGCUCUGUUAACAAUCGGAUAAUAAAAAUAGACCUGUCUAUUAUACAUUUUCAAAAUAAAUACACAGAUUAUUUAUGACAAACUAGGCUAGCGGUGCUAAACUAGGUACUUUUUUUCAAACUAUUUAACAAUAUAGUAGCAAUAAUAAUAAUAGUCUGAAAACUAAAUAAAAAUAUGUCUAUAAUACAUUUUUAUAAUAAGCCAGGCUAGCAAUGCUAAGCUAGGCAGUAGGGCGCUGUGAUUGGCCGAGGGAUGUCAUCAGGCCGGGCCUCAGGUCAGCAUCUUCUGCUCCAAAUAACCUGUUCUCUGCUGCUGCGCUCUCAUUGGCCCCCACAGGUCACGUGACCGGCCAAGUAUUGUCCAGUGGAUAAAAGUCAAGACGUUUUUGUCGGCGGGGACCCAUUUCCCAGGAACGACGUCCCUUUUAUUUUUAAAUCCUGGACUUUGUGGAUCAGCGGACGCUUCUGGGUACGUUUUCUUUCGUUUGACCUCAGUAAAUUAGCGCGCUUGUUUGUUGCUAGGCAACCACCCGGUUGUCAAUCAAUAUCAGGCUAUACUGUCACAGCAACUUCAGCUAGUCGGGCGGAGGAAAGGGUCGCAUCGCCACGGCAGCAAGAGCUGAAAGGGAUGGAGAGGUGUGAGUCAGUCAGCAGCGUCAGUGACUCCUCAAUCAACAUGACAACUGUCAGCCUCAACAUGGAGAGGUUUAACUUCCUGGGGGUCAACAUCGUCGGCCAAGACGACGACAGCGGCGAUGGCGCCAUCUACAUUGGGUCCAUCAUGGAGGGCGGGGCCGUGGCGGCGGACGGACGCAUUGAGCCGGGCGACAUGUUGCUGCAGGUAAACGACGUUGACCUGGAGAACGCCAGAAGCGAGGACGCCGUACGAGUCCUCCGAGACGUCGUCCGUCAACCCGGGCCGGUGACGUUAACGGUGGUCAAGUGUUGGCCCGCGAGUGUUUUCAGGCCGCCAAAAGGUGAGCCGGUCCGCCCCAUUGACCCCGCCUCCUGGGUGUCCCACACAACCGCCAUGGCCGGGAAGCUCCUCCCUCAUUACGGCGAAGACGAGCGGCUGAGCGUCCACAGCGACAUGGCGGCCGUUGUCAAGGCGAUGACCCACCCGGAAUCGGGCGUGGAGGUCCGGGACAGGAUGUGGAUCAAGAUCAUCAUCCCGAACGCAUUCAUCGGUUCGGACGUGGUCCGAUGGCUGCACCAGAACCUCCGGGGCUUCAAGGACCGCCGGGAGCCUGGCAGGUACGCCGCCAAGCUGCUGAAGCGCGGCUACAUCUGCCACGCUUUCAACAAGGUGACCUUUUCGCAGCAGCGCUACUACGUCCUCGGAGAUCAGUACGUGACGGCACUGCGGGACCGACGCGACGACGCCUACCUGUGGCCCCUCCCACGGCCGGCCUUGGAAACAGGAAGUCACAGCAACGGUAAGGAGGCAGCCGAAUAAACAGGAAGUGACAAAGACUGGAGGCCCUUUUUGCCCAUUCACAUGGAUUUAUGCAAAUAAGGCUCCUAUGACAUCAUCAACUUGUAGUACUCCUUGUCACCUGAUUGUUGUCUUUGAAGAUUGAAUACACAUAAUUAAAGCAU